AUGUUUCGCGCUUGGGUGCGUAUUGACAGCAAAACGAGAGAAUUCCGCUCGUUCCCUUUGCUCCCUCAUUCAGCGGUUCAUGAACUGCUCAAUGCCCACGUUCGCUCUUCUUCCCUGGUCCUCCGUGGCGGCAAGAAAUGGUCGUGGAACGUUGCUCAAGUCUCAUCCAACGAACCCUGCGAAGAUGGACACGCUGAGAUGAUCAUCUCUCGAGAUGAACCAUCGGCCAAGGAAACUGGAAAGGACAAGGGCGAGAUGCUCUAUUUCGCGGUGAUGGACGGGCAUGCAGGGCCGUGGACGUCUGAACUCCUGCAGAAGACCCUCAUCCCUACCGUGGCACUCGAGAUGGAUGCGCUGAUGAAAGGUCUUCCAUCACCUCUCCUCCCGCCAAAAUCCACCUUCCUCAACAUCUCCCCUCUACUUCCCUCCUUUCUUCGGACAGACGGCACCGCUCAACCAGCACUCGUAGAGCAAGCCCUCCGACGCGCAUACACUCAACUCGACCGCACCAUCGUUUCCUCCGCGCUUGCUUUACUCGACUUGCCCAAGGAUAAGCGGCCAGCUGUUGUCGCCCCAUUCCUGCGUCCUGGGCUCUCCGGAUCGUGUGCGCUCCUUAGUGUGCUAGACACCCAGCACGAGGAAGUACAUCUGGCCCUCGUGGGGGACUGUAGGGCUGUAGCGGGAUACUGGGACGAAGGCGGCAAACGAUGGGUCUGCGAGGUUCUCACUGAAGACCAGACGGCAAAGGCGGUCAAAGAAGUGGAACGGCUCAAGAAGGAACAUCCCGGAGAGGAAGAGAUGGUCGCGCGGAACGGGCGUGUUCUUGGUGGGUUGGAGCCAAGCAGGGCGUUUGGAGACGCCAGAUAUAAGUGGACUAAAGACCAACAAGAUCGAAUCAACCGCGAGCUCAUUUCGCCGCCAGACGUACUUCGUACCCCUCCUGCCUUCCAGACUCCGCCAUACGUGACUGCCGAUCCAGUCGUCACACACCGUCCCUUCCGCAUACCCCUUACCACUACGGGCGGUAACCCAUCUGUUCAAGACAAGAUCCCGACCGCACAACUGCGAUUCCUAAUUCUGGCCACCGAUGGCCUGUGGGAUGCCCUGAGCCCAAUGGAGGCGGUGACGAUAGCCUCCACACACCUUUCGCAGACACACGCCGGUACCUUCCCACAGAGCACCAGUCCGCCUAUCCAGGGUGCCGCUGGUGUGGACGGGAAAGGACCUGGGAUGCAUGAGCCGGAUAAGUCGGCUGAGACGUGGGUGUAUGACCAGCGGGACACGCCAGCGGUAUGCUUGAUUCGAAAUGCCCUAGGUAGCACGCCGGAUCAGGUCCGUAGGAUGCUCAGCCUGAGGGCCCCGUAUUCGCGCAGGGAGCGGGACGAUAUGACAGUCAGCGUGAUUUGGUGGGAAGAAGGAAAGGACGAGGAAGUGGCGAAAGCAAAGUUGUAG